UGCAUUUAUUGCAUUCCUCAAUAGCUCAUUUUUCUUUCUCUAAUAUACAAGCUCCCUCGUUAUUUCUAGUCUCUCUCCCCCACACUACCCUAGGGUUUCAUGGGAAUGGAGCCUUCAACUGUUGAACGGCACCAUUUCAGGCAGCUUUCAUUCGGGUAUGAUUAUUGAAUUCUUUGUUACCAAUGAAGUGAUCCAUCCAUCGUGCUGCGGUGGAAAAUAAGUAGCAAGUAACUGUACCAGUGAUGGAUUUCUUCAAACUGAAGAAGUUUAGGAAUGUUCACAAACCUAAUCCGAAGAAUGUCAUUCAGGAUCAGCCAGUGCCUCAUCCAGAGGAGCCCAAGGAUGAAAGUGGAGAUACAUUGGGAAAAUCAGUCUGUGUUGAUUCAAACAAUCCUGAAAUUGAGGAUGAUGACGACGAUUUCAUCACAAACGAGGUGAAAAGGAGGCUGAAAGAACUGAGGAGAAAUAGCUUCAUGGUAUUGAUACCUGAGGAAACUUCUCCCGCAGGCGAGGAAGAAGAAGAGGAAGAGGGGGAAACCAGCUCCAGUGAUUGGAGGGAUGUUGAAGCAGAAGGACGCCAGUUCUGGUCUGGUUUCGGUGCUGUGUAUGACAUAUACUGUGAGCGAAUGCUGUUUUUUGAUCGCUCGAGCUCUCAGCACCUGCUGGAAGUUGGUUGUCAUGCUCGUUCAACUCCAUCACCAAAAUCUGCUUCUAAAAGGAUUGCUUCUCCCCUUGCAUGCCUUUCCUUGAGAAAAAUUGAGCCACCUGAAGAGGAGUGUGAGCACUUACAGCAACCAGUUAACGACCCUUAUCAGGAUCUUGAAACUGUGUAUGUAGCUCAAUUAUGCUUGACUUGGGAGGCGCUUCACUGUCAAUACACACAGCUGAAUCAGAAAAUAUCCUGCCAACCUGAUAGCCCCGCCUCUUACAACCAGAGUGCGCAACAGUUCCAACAGUUCCAGGUCUUAUUGCAGAGAUUCAUUGAAAACGAACCAUUUGAACUUGGGUCAAGGCCAGAGAUCUUUACUCGAACUAGAAAAUCCUUGCCCAAACUGCUACAGGUUCCAAUUAUCCAAGCAUUGGAUGAGAGAUCUACAGAAGAAGAGGCAUUGGGCCUUAAGGUUCAUGCGACAGAUGUCCUAAGAGUAAUCGAAACCUCUAUCUUGAGUUUCCGCCAAUUUGUAAAGAUGGACAAGAAAAAAUCUGGUGGUGUGCGUAGUCUCUUUGGAAGUCAGAACCAGAUGCCUACCCCUGUUCAACUGGUUCAAUCUACUCUUGAGAAGAAAGCAAUGAGACUGAAGGAACUGUGGAAGAAGAGCAAGAGCUAUAAGAAGAAAUCAUGGCCGAGUACAGCAGAAGAUGUGGAAAUGCUGCUAGGACUUAUCGAUGUCAAAGUGCUAUCGAGGGCACUACGAAUGAUCAGAAUUAGCAAAGAACAGCUGUUUUGGUGUGAAGAAAAGAUGAAGAAACUGAGCUUACCUGAUGGCAAGUUGCAGAGAGAUCCAUCACCCAUCCUUUUCCCUUGUUAGAUUCUUCCUAGAUUAUUACUAGUACUCAGAGAAGAAAUAUGGUGUGGCUUAUUCUACUCAUGUCUGAAAAAAAUGACUUGUUUUCUGAGAAGCAUUUUAAAAUGCAAAUUUUGUUACUGUGA